GCCCUGGGAACGCCGCUUGCCUGGCCCGAAGCGAAAAAGGUCGCCGGACAGGUCCGAGAAUGGGGCAUUGAGGGCAAGGAGCGCGAUGCCCUUCUCUGGGGAGACGAAAUCGAGUACCUUGUCGUGACAUACGAUGACGAUAAGCGUCAGGUCCGACUCUCGCUACGCCAGGCAGAUAUUCUCGAGGCUUUGGCUAGCGACGAGAAGCUCCUCGCCCAGGGUGGUGGUGUAGACGAGAUCCAGCGUGGCUCAGUCAGGUCUGGCAAGACGGCUCCCGUGUUCCACCCCGAGUUCGGUCGUUUCAUGCUCGAGACGACUCCUGGACGGCCAUGGGGAAUUGACCUCAAAGAUCUGCUUGACGUCGAAUCAGACAUGAAGUGGAGGCGCAAAAUCGCAAAGGAGCACAUGGAACCGAGCGAGUUUCCCAUUACUCUGACCACCUUCCCACGAUUGGGUGCCAAAGAACGAUCCAUUACUCCCGAGUACNNCCCCCUGAACGGCGACAAGCUAAGAUCUCAGUUCCUCCCUGACGAGAUCGCGAACCCUCAUAUUCGUUUCCCAACUCUGGCCGCCAACAUUCGCGCUCGCAGAGGCCGCAAGGUCGAGAUCAACGUGCCCGUGUACAAGGACGAGAAGACCACAUGGCCCUUCAACGAUCCCACUGUGGACUACGAUCUCCACACUUGGCCCGAGGACGACGAUGUCCGCAAUGGAGCUGCAAAAGAGAACCACAUCUACAUGGAUGCAAUGGCCUUCGGCAUGGGAAGCUGUUGUCUCCAGAUCACUUUCCAGGCAAAGAACAUUGACGAGGGUCGCAAGAUGUACGACCAACUCAGCCCUAUUGGUCCUAUUCUGCUUGCUUUGACUGCCGCCACACCUAUCUACAAGGGCUUUCUGGCCGAUACCGAUGUCAGAUGGAACCAGAUUAGCAGAUCAGUCGACGACAGAACCCCAGAAGAGCUUGGCGAGAAGCCGUUGAAAGAUUCGAGAUGGCAGAUUCCCAAGUCUCGGUACGCUUCCAACUCGACAUAUAUCGCUCAAGAUCCUCGCCUACGCAAGGAAUAUUUCGAUCCUAACCUUGUAGUUGACCCUGACAUGAAGCAGAAGCUCGUAGAUGGUGGUAUGGAUGAUCUGUUAGCCACUCACUUUGCUCAUCUCUUCAUUCGCGAUCCGAUUGUUGUCUUCAACGAAGACCUGAAGGAGCUAGAUCUGAACAAGGUCGACCACUUUGAGAAUUUGCAAUCCACGAACUGGCAACACAUGCGCUUCAAGCCACCGCCGCCAGGCAACGACAUUGGCUGGCGUGUCGAAGUCAGACCCAUGGAGAUCCAGAUCACCGACUUUGAAAACGCCGCUUUCUCCGUCUUUGUCGUCCUCAUCACCCGUGCAAUCCUCAGUUUCGACCUCAACUUCUACAUUCCCAUCCAAAAGACGACUGAGAAUAUGGAGACGGCACACCUGCGUAACGCAGUCACGGAGCAGAAAUUCUGGUUCCGCAAGAACCCCUUCCCAGCGACCAGACAACCGAGAUCGGGCACCUCGACACCGACACAAUUCUCGCGUCCCCCUAGUCCGGCUGCUCGCGUGGAAGACGAAUACGAACUCAUGACCGUCGAUGAAAUCAUGAACGGCAAGGCCGACGGUUUCCCCGGUUUGAUUCCUCUGGUCGAACGUUAUCUGUCCAGCAUCAAUGUCGAUGUCGAGAUCCGCUGCGAGAUGGCCAGAUACUUGAAGCUCAUCCGUCAGCGUGCGACAGGCGAGCUCUGGACGGCUGCGAAAUGGAUCAGACACUUUGUUGCCGAGCACAAGGAGUACAACAAGGACAGCGUGGUUGGCGAAGGCAUCACCUUUGAUCUCGUCAAGGCUGUUGAGCAAAUGACUGUCAACGAAGGCAAAGAUGGCUUGGGUGUUGAGAUGUUGGGCCAGAGGAAGUGA